ACUACUCGUUUUACAAUUGGUAGAAGCUGCUCACUCGUAAAACAGAAAGCAUCGCUCCGUUACUGGCCAGUUGAGCAGGUAACAUUCAUUCAUUGUUGCAUCAGCAAGUAUGGAGCCAACAAGUGUCGUGGUUGAACUUCAAGACAUCGUGAAUGAAAAUGACAAAAAAUCCUUGUGGAUUUUUGGCUACGGAUCCUUAUGCUGGAAUCCUGGGUUUUCGUUCGAAAAGGCUGUAGCCGGCACCAUCCAUGGAUACUCCAGGAAAUUCUGGCAAGGAAACAGUACACACCGAGGAACGGAAGAAAAGCCUGGACGCGUAGUUACAUUAGUCAAGGAAAAGGGGAGCGUGGUCCACGGCCUCGCCUUUCAAAUAUCCGGAGAAGCCGCAUUGUCCUAUCUGAACAAAAGAGAAUGCAAGUUGGGAGGUUACGUUGUAGAGUUUGCAAGAUUCUAUCCAAGAGCACGUAACAUUUCGUUUAAUACCAUUUUGUAUAUUGCGACAGCACAAAACGAACUAUGGUUAGGUGAUGCACCUGCAAGUGAUAUUGCUGACCAAAUUGUGGAAUCUUGCGGCGCAAGUGGACACAAUGUUGAAUAUUUAAUCAGGCUGGCAGCUUUCAUGCAUUACCAUUUUCCAAACGAAAAAGACGACCAUUUGUUUGCGAUCGAAAGAUUGGUGAUAAUGAAGCUGAGGGAUAGAAAAGCUUGUUUAAAAGCACUGAUGGGCGAUGAGAGGGAGACAAUUACAUUUAUUAGUAAUGCUUCCCUUGAUGAUCUCCAGCGAGAUGGACUCGAAGAGCGACAAAAUUCGUUUCAGUAUGCGGCAAAUGUGCCUGUAAAAAUUAUGCGUUGUCUUAACAUGUGAUUUAUUUAAGUAUAAUAGUCAUUAAGGUUAUUUAUUUAACUCGAGUAUUUCAAUGUGAUUCUAGGAUGUAAUCGAUGUAUGUGUAAUUCAGGCUGCUUCAAAAGAUGUAUAAUGUAUAACUAAUAUAACAUUUGGCUCUUUCCACGUGAACGAUGUCUGUUCGUUCGAGGCUUAAAUGUGUAUGCUUUAGUGAUUUAUUCUAAGUAACAGAUUGUAUUUUUGUAAUUAUACUUCAUUCUAAAGAUAUUUUUAUACUGUCUACUCUAUAAUGUAGUAUUUGUCAUUAUAGACUAGAUAUUGACAACUCAUUUUAUUAUACAAUGUGAUGGAAACUGGUAAAGUAAAUUGUGCGGAUCUCUGUGUACCAGUUUCUUGGUAGUUAUAAGUACCUAAUGGAAAAGUGAGUGAACAAAAUGCACAAUUAUGUGUCACAAAGAAAUGUAUUACUUAAUGCCAAAGAGAUUUACUUUCAUAAUUUUUACUUUAGGACAUAUUAAUAUAAUAAUAUUAUGCUCGACAAAUGAAAUAAUAAACUCAAUGUAACUAAA